GGAACGAAUACAAAUUUGCUAUUGGCUUCGAUUGGGGGCUGGUGCUCGCAGUAUACAAGUCACGUCACAACUUUCUCGCGUCAGCACUUCUAGUUUAACAAUUAAGUCGUCGUUACACAACACACAAGACACAACAUAAUCUACCAUACCUACGUCGACAUAAAGAAUUUCGGGGUCGCCCACAACCUUGCUGUUUCUGUGCCUGCUGUGUGUACCUUUUUUUUCGUUUUGAUAUCGAUAAACUUAAAUUAUUUUCGGGAGCUUUUUAAUAAAUUAAAUAUUUUUAUAGCCCCACUAAAAGCAAUAUACCUACCACAAGCUAAUAGCAGCUCAGCUACUUUAAACAAAGAUUAUAAUCAAUUCAGCUGCCAGUUGGUUUGGUUUUUUGGUGUACCGUUGUAUAUUUUAGUCGCAAUCUCUUUUAGCCACUCUCCGUCUUUCUCGUCUCCGUGGCUCUGUGGCUUGGCUCCGUUACUGAAUCGAAAUUCGAAUAUAAUAAUGACCACUUCCUUGUGCUUGCUAUCAAAAAUAGUUUCUCGUCAGUAGGAGAAGCAGCACGUCAAUCGGCAGUGCGUGGUACUAAAAAUAUACAUAAACCCUCCAUCAGAACGGAAUUUUCCUCCAUGCAUAUCGAAUACUUGUGGUGAUAAUAAUACGAGUAUAUACAUAUCAUUGCUUUUUGUCUUAAAGAAGUUGAAUCGUGUUGUUAAAUUAUUUAAAAAAUCAUUUUCUUGUAAUUUUUUGUUACGAGCAAAAUUGUUUUGUGUUGUUUUGUGUUGCGUGUGACAUUAAGGAGCCGAUUCAAAGUCAAACGCUUCUGAGCAUGCCCUAAAAAUUUCGGAAGGACAUAAAAUAGUACUCCUUGUUGGCGCUCGCUCUUCUUUUGCAUAGGAUAAUAACUUUCAUCUAAGGGCAAACGGUAUUCUGCCACCCGCACAUUAUAAGCUUUAAUAUUUAAAAUAACAUACUCUCAGAGUUUGGUUGUCGUUUUUCAAUCAUCGUUUUUUUUUUUGUCUCGAUUUUAAAAUUUAUUGAAAAAUAAAUAAAAAACUCAAUAGCGCAGAAAAAUUUGCGUUAUCUAUUUAUUUAUUGAAGAGAGAAGACAUUUGCAUGUUUUGUGUUUUUAUUGUGUAAAUAUAAAUUAUCUGUUGAAAUUGAAAGUACCUUGCUACUUAAGAAGCAAAAAAUAAAAAUGUCUGAAACGAAAAUGAUUGAGAGUACAGAAGAAAGCUCCCGUCUGCUGGAGACUACCAAUCCGGAGAGCUAUGGAGUCCGACAACCGGUUAAAUUAUCCGUUCAGGAACAAGAAACUCUCCUCACUAUGGUCGCUGGAGAUAAUAAAUCUAAAAAAUUGCCCCAAUAUGUUGCAGCUUUGGCAGCAACUGGAGGAGCAUUAGCGGCUGGUGCUCUCCUUGGUUGGUCAUCGCCAGCUGAAAAGGAAAUAGUCAGUGCUUCCUACAAAUUUCCCAUGACCAAAGAACAAUUCUCAUGGAUCGGAUCUGCUGUUACUUUGGGAGCAGCCUGUGUAUGCAUUCCAAUUGGAUUUUUGAUCAAUAUUAUUGGUCGAAAAUUGACAAUGUUGCUAUUGGUACUACCGUUCACACUUGGCUGGUGUCUGCUUAUUUGGGCCCAAAAUUUCGAAAUGAUGUUCAUUGCUAGAUUCAUCUUGGGUAUAUCAGGAGGUGCAUUUUGUGUAACGGCACCCAUGUACACGGGAGAGAUUGCACAGAAAGAAAUUCGUGGAACAUUGGGAAGUUUCUUCCAAUUGAUGAUAACUAUUGGUAUUCUGUUUGUGUAUGCGCUUGGAGCUGGAGUUGAUGUGUUUUGGCUGAGUAUUAUCUCUGGUAUGAUACCGCUGAUUUUUGGAGCCAUCUUUGUGUUUAUGCCAGAGUCUCCAACUUAUUUGGUAAGCAAAGGAAAGAACGAAAGUGCAAUUAAAUCUAUCCAAUGGCUCCGAGGUAAUGACUACAACUACACUGCUGAACUUGAAGAACUUAAAGAAACUGAUGCUCACAUUAAACAAAACCCCGUGUCAAUCGGUUCGGCCUUGACUCGCAGAGUUACCAUUAAAGCUUUGAUUAUAAGCUUGGGUCUGAUGUUUUUCCAACAAUUGAGUGGUAUUAAUGCCGUUAUUUUCUACACAACCUCUAUAUUCAGGGAUGCUCAAACUGGAAUCGAUGAAAGUCUCUCCACAAUUGUUGUUGGUCUUAUGCAAGUUAUUGCCACUUUUAUCUCCGUUAUGGUUGUUGACAAACUUGGCCGCCGAAUUCUUUUGCUAGCUUCAUCAGCUGUUAUGGUUAUUUCGACCGUACUUAUGGGAUUGUACUUCUUUAUGCAAAGUAAUGACAGUAGCUCAGUAGACAACCUUGGAUGGUUGCCAGUUGUAUCGCUAUGUGUCUUCAUUGUCAUGUUCUCAAUUGGAUUUGGCCCAGUUCCAUGGCUGAUGAUGGGUGAGCUCUUCGCUUCUGACAUCAAAGGUGUUGCUGGUUCAAUUGCUGGAACAACAAAUUGGAUCUUGGCAUUCAUUGUUACAAAAGUUUUUGUAAAUCUCCAGAACGCAUUGGGUGCAGGAGAAACAUUUUGGCUAUUCUCUGCCAUUACAUUCAUUGGAUUCAUAUUUGUUUACUUCUUUGUGCCAGAAACAAAGGGCAAAUCUCUGAAUGAAAUCCAGAAUAUGUUGGAGGGAAAAACUGUGGAAAACUCAACGAGUGGCGAAAAGUCUCCACAAUAAGUUAGAAGUCUCCAAAGUCCGCUGUCGCCAUAAGCCAUGAGUUUAUAUAUUUUUAAUUAUUGUUUAUAGUUUUCUUAUUCUUUUUUGUAUGUAAAAAGAUUGAAGCAAAAACGAUUACAGUACCUAGUUGUUAAGUGCCCCAAUGACAUUCUGUCAUAAUGUUAUUGUUUUUUAUGGAUUUUAUUCAAAAAAGACAAAUUUGUUAAUGUUUCACAUACACUCAUACAUUCAGCUCCAAAAAUUAUACAUAAUAUACAAAAUGUGUGAGCUUUUUAACUUUUAAGACUGAACGUCAGAAACAGAAUUAUUGUUACCCCAAUUGUUGCCCCGUUUUAAUUCAAAAAUAAGGUGGACAAUUUAUACAAAAAAUUUAUAUUGAAGAGAGCAUUUAGAAACCUUACAUAUUCAAUAUGCAUUUAAUUAUAUAAAUCUUAUUACCACUUACACCGAGUAACAUAAAUGAAGCAUUUUUGGACGUGUUUUUUGAGAGAAAUGUGCAUAUUUUUGUAGAUAGAGCGUGUAUUCUUUGGAAGUAUGGACCUUGCAACCAAACCAAAUAAUAUUAACUAUAAACUAUACAAAACUCAUUCUAUCGUGUUGUUUUUGUAUUGUCAUGUAACAUGAGUAUUUUUAUGUGACUUAAGUCUCUGUCUAUCUAUAUUUCUAAAAUAUUUAGUAUAAAUUAUUUAAGUUUUAAAAUAUUUUAUUAUGUGAAAAUGAUUUAUUUUUUAUUAUUACAUAAUUAUGAACAAUUUAAAUUUAAUUUUGUUUUUUUUUUUGUAUAAAAUCGUUUUAUUAUUUUAAUUUUAUUUUUUAGAUUUUAAAUUAGUAAAUAAUAUUUUAAUUAGUCAACAAAUAAUAUAAUUAUAAUGCUGUUAAGUAUAUCUCUCUUAAACAUAUUUUUAUAUAUAAAUGUGACAUUGUUUUGUAGUUUGUAAAUAGUUUUGUUGUAAAUAAGUUAGACAAACAAAAAAAUUAAAUAAAAAUAAAAAUGUUUUGUCAAUUUUUAUAGUUUAAUAAAACAAUUAAGUACUAUUGUAUAGUUUAAACGAAAUUGUUUUUUUAGUAAAAGAAAAAAAUUGUUAAACAUAUUUUAAUAUCUUAUUGCCACCAAAUAAUAAAUUCUAACACCGAGUAUUAUAUACAAAUACAAAAGACAUUUGGAGGUAGAUAAAUUAUUUUAUUUUAACUACAAAAAUUGAUUGUUUGAGAGAUAUAUUUAUUUCCUAUAGUAUUGUAGCAGAAAUUGCAUUAUACAUAAAUAAACAGAAAAAUAUAAUAAUUGUACAAAA